AUGAAUGCGCGAACUAUAGGUAAUCUAAACUUAUCACCGCAGGAAGUGAGCAAAAACUUAACGCGCCAGUGUAGCCACCUCGCCGACAUAGAGGAGGAAUUGUGUUACGAGUUAGUUGGUUUAUACACCUUCCACCAAACCUUGGCAGCGUUCGAGCGACCGGCGCUAGUCAAGACGCCGGAAGAAGUCGACGCAGCGGCGGACGAAAUAUCGAGAGCUCUACAGACAGCACUGCGCGCCUCCACUAGCACCAGGCCGAGAUCGGAACGACAGGACCCAUUGCCACACCGCAUCCGGAAAAUGCUAGAGGAGAAGCGCGAAGCUAAAAAACUCUGGCAACGUACCAGACACCCUAGGGCCAAAGCCCGGUACAACCAAGCCACCAACAAGGUUAAGGCCGCACUGUGGGAACAUAGAGGCGAUGCGUGGGAGGACGUCCUGCUCACCAUCGAGGACGAGCAACCCUCCAUCCACCAGCUCUGCAAGAAAAUAUCUGCAGAGCCUACCCCCACACGCCCCCUGUUCGGACACGACGACCUUCUACGGUACCAAGCACAAGACCGAGCCGAGUUCAUCGCUCACAGCCUCGAAAGGCAGUUCAUGCCCCACGCAGACCAAGACGAGGACCACACACGGCGGAUAGAAGAGGCAACCAAGACCUACCCCUCUACCCCCUAUGACCAAAUAGACGGUGUCACACUAAUGACCCCUGCGGAGGUCGCAACGGCGAUCCGCAGAACCAACCCAAGGAAGGCACCCGAAAGCGAAAUUACAAAGUAUUUGGAAACUCUUGAAGAUUCAGAAGAUGGCUUAGACGGGUCAGACUCCGAAGUAGAGGAUGAAGGUCACUAUUAUCAAACAGCUCGAGAUUUUCUUCGAGACCUUGUAAAUAGUGAUAAAGGUGAGAAUGCCCAGUCUGAUGAAGUGGAUGCUGAUCCUCCUCUUGUAAUCGACAAGUAUGAAAAUAUGCCAGACCCUCCUAUUUUGGAAGCCGAAGAAGCAGCACCCCAGAGUAGAUCACAAGGGAUUUCUAAACGACCUCUGGUUUGGCGAAAACGGAAUCUUAUUACUACUGAAGACAGCCUUAUUUUUAGGGGAGAAACUCAGAUAACGGAAGCAUUGAUGUCUUGUAACACGCCACAACGACGAUCUCGGGGACGACGUGGAAGUGGAGCGACUACGAGCGGGGGUCAAGGUGGUGCGCAGGGCAGGGGCCGUGUCCGCACGCGCGGCGGUCGUGGUUGUGGUUCUGGUGCUGGUACUGCUGGUCUUGGUGCUCAUAGGCCCUCAGUUUCUGACUGUGUAACUAGUGGAUCGUUGCAGAGCUAUAACGAGGUUCAUGAUAUGGAAAGGCCACUCCAUGAAAGCAGGAGGAGGGAGCUGCCGUCAGUGAGGACAGUACCUGAAGGGUAUGUUGAAUGUGGUGGGAGCGGGCAGUCAACUCUCCGAAUUACCACUGUAAAGAGACCCGCAAAUAAUGACUCUACUGGAAAGGGCGAGGAGGUUCCGGCUUCGAGGCGGUGCUUGAUUCUUCCAGACGGGGCUUCAUCUUCAUCAUCAGCCGUCAGGGCUCCUCCUUUGAGGGACGAGGAAAUUGCCCGAAUCUUGAAUCAUGGCAGUGAAGAGGAUGCUGACAGCGAUGAUGAAGAUGAAGAUUUAGUUCAGCCAGCCUUUUUAUGUCUGAGGAAGACACUGAGGUGCCACCGAUAA